UGGGACCUUCCUUCUGCCUUCAGCUCUUCAUCGUCAUCUCCUCUUGCUUGUCCCCUUUGAAAGCUCAAUAUCAGGAACAUGUCCCUCGAUUGUAGCAAAGCGCUUCAAUUUCUGGCUCGUUGUCUAAUUCCCUUGGGGUUGAUAGGCCAAGCCACAGACUUUACGAAUGUCUCGUACGAUAACGGGCAGGGCAAGACAUUGCACGCUUACUUGGCCAAGCCUCCAGACUACAUGAAUGAUCCCACGAAAAAGUACCCAGGUGCUGUCAUACUGCAUGCAUGGAAUGGUAUGUCAGAAGAACCAGUCUACUUUGCGGAUUUAUUGGCAAGGCAAGGAUACGUGGUUAUUGCACCCGAUCUCUUUCGCAACAUUGCGACCAGUGAAAUCAAUAUUCCGUGGAACAUUGCCACUACUCUCUCGACGCCACAACACCGCAUGGACCAAGAUGUCGACGCUGCAAUAAGCUAUCUUACAGGAAGUGUACAAAAUGUUGACAGUACCAGAGUCUUCAGUGGACCUGGGUUCUGUUUCGGUGGCAGCCAAGCAUUGAAUCUAUCCAUUCGACGAGCCAUGGCGGGAACUAUUACACUCUACGGAGCCAACAUUGAUGGAUUGCAGGAUCCAAAUAAUAAUGAUCUGUGGGGAGAACUAGGCAUCCGUGAAACACAGGUGCUGGGCAUUUAUGGUGCCGACGAUGGAGCACCGACGCCCGAUGAAGCGAGAGGGUUUGAAAGUGCCCUGAAUACUCGAAAUAUUGGCAACACCGUAACAAUCUACGAUGGAGUCGGACAUGCUUUCGUUUCACCCAAAAACCACAGGGCAGGGCAGAGUCAAGCAGUCGAGGCAUGGAAUCAAGUGGUAUCAGUCAUGAAUGGAGUAGUGUCCAGUGGAGCUGGACUCUCGAGGCGAGAACUUGAUCGCCCCGCACACCACAACAAUCUUCAACGCACCAACCGUCCCUCGUGGGCUUGGUUGUGGGAUCACACUAUGGAUAUGUUCCAAGGAAAAGGGCAUUUCAGCCAUUUUACAGGUAUCUGGCAUCAUCAGAAGAACGAGCAAGGAGAUCAUCACCCCUCAGCGCACAAACUGCGGACGCGAGUUUCACCUCGAGAAUCCAAGCACGCACACGCAUGAGAGCAACCGAAGCCUUUUGAUCCUGUGGCAAUCUAGCUAGCGCUGGAUGAAAUGGCGGUACACUACCUUCGCUGCGGGGAAUGAUGAAUAGUUCUCGUUUGUGCAACAGACGCCACGUAAAAACAAGGUUUCAUACACCAGAUGCAUCUAUGCAUAUGUAAAUAUUAUUUUCCUACAAUUCCGUCCUUAUGUGUGAUAAUGAUAAUAUACGGUGAUCUUGACUAAUGAGACUGUUGCGUCGCAUCUGGAUAUCUCCCAGCUUCUUCAUUUUGUUGGUUUGCCGUGACAGCAAUAGAGAGUUGCAAGUAUCAUUCUGUCGUUUGUAAUCUUCAGCAGGAGGGAAGGUGGAAACAAAUCGAUCCUCGCUCCUGAAAAGAGUAUUUGCAAAUCUCGCUGCCAUUCGUCCACUGAAAAAGGCAAAAGACGCACGGUCCUUCAUUGGAACCCCAGCUUCCGGUUGGAGGCCGCGCUGCAGGGGCCAGGUCCACCAAACUAUCAACGACAGACUCGACUCCGACCGGUAGAAACUCAAGAUCACCCCUGUCGUCCCUUCCUUAGACAUUGGCGAUGGUCGUGGGAAGUCCAGUAGUCAACGAUUUUGCGGAGACUGGCAUGGUGGCUGAGGUCGAGUUGCCGCCGUUAUUGUUGCUUUUCUUGUUAUCCUCGUCAGUAUCGUUAUCCUUGCCGCUGGUUCCUCCCUUGAUGACACCACUAGCCGAUGUGCCUGCGGAGCUGCUCCCGGCAGCGGCGGUUGUGCUGCUCGUCACCAGGUGAGCUUUGUCCACUAAGAAUCCCACCAACAAGUAGCGCAAUCCCCGAGUGAUUCGCUGUCCACAGUGCCGCAGCUUUCCAGGGAAAAUCAGGGCGUGUCCUCGCUGGACAUGAAUGGUCGCAUUCAAACAUUCAAAGUAGGUUCCGCCUCCGUCAUAGUCCAACCCGCAUCCAUUCGAAAGUGCAAUCAGAAACGUCCAUUCACUCUUGUCAGUGUGCAUGUCCAAUUUUUGUCGUUCCUUUUUGGUCACGUCGUACUUGACCAAGUGCGGUUCUCGAUCGUCCAGCUGUAAGUUUUGUUGCGGAGAUCCAUCCUUCCGUCCUUUUCCAUUUGACGACGGCAAUCCCAAAAUGGCCUGGACGACGGAUUGGACCGGCGGCGCACAAGCCUGAGCGAGGACAGGGAAUUCGCGGCACCCCAGAGUUUGUUUGGCAUAAGUGUAAGCUGCAUAUUGCCCUCGACAAACCUGCUCGGUGACGGCUACAAUCUUGUCACAUUGAGCGGGUGUGAGGCCUACGUCCACCACAUAAAUACAAUGCUCUUCUGAAACAGUAACCCAUUCUUGGACUGCUUGGAUCGCAUCACAAAGUGGGGGUGAAAAAAAGAAAUCGUGGAAAAA